GUAUGAUGCUUGCCGACCUCACUUGCUAAUUAGUGGAAUCCAGACAACUCCCAAACCUUAAAAUAGGAUUAAAGUUUCACCUUUUGUUUGAAAUAUUUCUUACAGAAAGUAAAAGCUUCCACAAUUCACGUUAAGAAUCCAAUUCUGUCUUGUAUUUGCUCCAUUUCACGCGGUUUCAUAAAUCAUUAGAACCCCACUUCUCUCUUUUUUUUUUCUUUUUUUCUUUCUCUUCCACUUCUCAUCUCUGUCCAAACCAUAGAGUUUUACUCACACCUCUUCAGCUUUCAAUCAUGGCAAAUGUUGUGGAAGUGAAAGUCGGUUUGCACUGUGAUGAUUGUAUCAAGAAAAUCCUCAAGGCCAUCAAGAAAAUUGAAGAUAUUGAAACUUAUAACGUGGACACAAAGCUGAACAAGGUCAUUGUUACGGGAAACGUGACAACAGAUCAAGUGAUCAAAGUCCUUCAAAAAAUUGGCAAGAAUGCAACUGCCGGGGAAGAUACUCAAACCAAUAAGUGAACUUGUUUAGGAUAGGACCCUUUUUUUCCCUCGAAACAUAUCCUUCUAAACUAUGUACUCUGAAAUUCAAUAAUCUAUAUAUUGUGAAUAGUUUAAUUUUAUUCUUGAAUUUCAAUUGCAACACUUGAUAUA